AUGUCCAGCCUGAACCAGCUCUACCUCCUCGCCGACCACAUCAAGCUCUCCCUCCUCGAGCGCCAGCGCGCCCAGUCGCUCAACCUCGACGCCGACACGCAGGACGGUCAUAUUUCACGCUCGCUGGACCAGUUCCGCGAUGGCCUGGAGUUUCUAGAUUCAGAGGUCCAGCGCCUCCAAGGCGCCGGCGAUGAGAGCGCCGCUCAGAACAUCACCGACUCCCUCCCCGCCCUGCAAAAGCAGUUCUCGGACCUCACAUCCCAAUUCCACGGCUUCUCGAACCCGUCCACCUCGUCCACUACCACGUCUCCGAACGACCCGUCUCUCUCUCCCGAUUUCGCCGCCGCGCAGUCCACGAAACCGCUCAAGGGCUCCCUUCGCGGCCUCCCCGCCGGCGGCUCCGCGAACAAAACGGUACGCUUCACCGACUCGCCCGCCGCCGCGGAGGACCCCAAUGCGGCCGCCCUGUUCGGCGAGGGCCGCUACCGCGACGACCCGACGGACUCGGCGGGGUACCGCGACCAGGCCGAGGGCAUGGACAACCAGCAGAUCCACGAGUACCACUCGCAAAUUAUGCGCGAUCAGGACGAUCACCUCGACCGGCUGGGCGAGUCUAUCGGGCGCCAGCGGGAGCUGAGCAUGCAGAUCGGCGACGAGCUGGAUUCGCACGUCGCGAUGCUGGACGAGGUCGACGGCGUCGUGGACCGGCACCAGGGACGGCUGGACCGCGCGAGGCGGCAGCUGGGCAAGGUCGCAAGGGACGCGGGGGAGAGCAAGCAGAUGAUUGCUAUCAUUGUGCUCAUCAUUAUCUUGGUUCUGUUGAUUGCUAUCUUGAAAUGA